AUGUUAUAUCGCCUGGAUGCGUAUGAGGAGGACCACAAUUUUGGCCAAGACAGGGUCGUUGUGAUACAUCCCAACCCUGCCAAUGAUGCCCCGAUUACGCCUGGAACCAUUUGCACUCAUUGUUACGUGGAGCCGGCUAAUUUCGAUCACAUGGCCAUGAUGCUUCAGGGCACGGUUGUGUUCCGUACCACGCAGAGAGGCGUGCUCUUUACGGAUCAAGAAUCACUCAAGCAAGGUAGACUGCUCUUGUGCGAUUUUGAGAACUACGGUCAGCUCAAAGCCUCCUCCCGCGUGUGGCUACUCUGGAGCCCCAUGGUCUACGCGUACAUCUUCGGGCUGGGAUGGUACGGAGACAAUGUCAUUAGGGACUAUAAAGAUGCCGAUAGUGAUUGGGAGGCAAACGCACCUUGCCAAUACUCAGGCUUCUCGAAAGCGAAGCAAGAGUACUUUGAAGAUGAUGUAGAUACCGACUACUGGACAAUGGCUAUCGAGAAGUACGCUUCUGGUUACUUAGAAAUGGAGGCAGAGGGCAAUGGUAUGGCGCCUGAGUAUAAUCUCGCGAACCUUAUGUAG